AUGAGGCCAAUGCAGUUGACUAUCGGCAGUAACAUCACAUCUAAACAGAACCUGAGUCUCCAGCUCAAAGGCCAGACAGUGUCAUUUCAGGACUCGUUCUGCCGACAUCACUUUUCACAACUUGACCAACUGGAGGUUCUGGAAAUGUACCACUGCAGGAUUUACUCUUUAGAGGGGAGUUUAACUAAAGACUUGAAAUCUUUGAAAAGAGUGUAUUUGCUUAUAGAGAACAUUUAUAAUGUAUUCUAUAGCUUUACUGAACCUCUCUCUAGCCUUAAGCAUUUGACGUUUAAUAAUUUACAGAUGUUUUGCAGUUGUGACAAUGCUUGGCUCAUUACAUGGGCAAAGGGGUGCAGGCAGGUUGAAGUGAUCAUGCUUGGUCCGUAUGCUAAAACCGGUAUGUAUGCUUUGGAGGACUUGAUAUGCUUGUCGGACAAUGGAAUAGACACACCUAAUUUUGUCAAGUACACAGAAGCCAACUGCACAACAGAGGUUGGCUUUGUGCUCUUUGUUGCGACUGGCCUGGGAGUCCUGUUCUUCAUGCUGGUGGUGUUGGUCCAUAACCUGGCCGGCCCCUACCUCCUCCCCCUCUACCACAUCACCCUUGGCUGGCUGUUAGAAGCCAUGCGAUCCAACACCAGGGGGCGCUACCACUACGAUGUGUUUGUCUCCUAUAGCGGGAAGGACGAGCGCUGGGUGGUGGAGGAGCUGCUACCUAAUCUGGAGCAGAGGGGGCCUCCUUUCCUGCGCCUCUGUCUGCACAGCAGGGACUUCCAGCUGGGGAAGGACAUUGUGGAGAACAUCACAGACAGCCUCUACCGGAGCCGCCACACCCUCUGCCUAGUCAGCCGCCACUACCUACGCAGUAACUGGUGCUCUCUGGAGAUGAAGCUGGCCACCUACAGGCUGCAGGUGGAGCAAAGGGACAUCCUCCUCCUGGUCUUCCUAGAGAAGAUCCCCCCUCGCCGGCUGUCUGCCCACCACAGGCUGGCUCGCCUGCUGAAAACCAGAACUUAUCUGGACUGGCCCCAGGACCCUAAUCAGCACCAGGCAUUCUGGGACAGACUGUGGGCUAAACUGAAACCUCAGACUGAGCAUGAGAUCAGAGGUUGAUGUUGAACCUUGUGGACUGAAGAUAGACAUCAGCGGUUGAUGUAGAACCCUGUGGACUGAAAAGUGACAUCAGAGGUUGAUGUAGAACCUUGUGGACUGAAGCAUGAGAUCAGAGGUUGAUGUAGAACCUUGUGGACUGAAGCAUGAGAUCAGAGGUUGAUGUUGAACCUUGUGUAUAGAAAUCAGAUGUUGAUGUUGAACCUUGUGUUAUUGCAGAUGCAAUGUUGACACAUAUAUUGAGCUGUUGAAUUUGUUGUUAAAAGUCCUCCAUACAAAAUGUC